AUGCGGUCCUCUCCUGCUGAUCAAAUCAGAGCUAUUCUCAACGGCGGUACCCUCGGCUUCCCACCAGCCGUUGAUAACAAGACCAACAACGGCAAUUUUCAGGCCGCCAUCAACGCGCACACCGUCGCCGAUGUGCCAAUUCUUCUUGGCACCAACGCCGACGAAGGAACCAACAUUUUUGGUAACGACACUCGUUCCCAAGCCCUAGCUCGUGCAGCGUACCCCCAUGACGCCACCGAGAAAGAGCUAAAAUCCCGCAUUAUCACCGACUAUCUCUAUACUUGUACUACUUCUGCAAUCGCCAAUGUCCUCAGCGAUACCGAUUAUAAGGUGUGGCAGUAUUACUUCAAUGCAAGCUUCCCUAACACCCAGCCCUUCCUAGGAGCGGGCGCUUGGCACACAUCUGAGAUCUCUCUCGUUUUUGGCACCUACCCGAGAAAUUACAUGACCACACCUCAGCAGAUCGAAUUGAGCAAAUUCAUGCAGCAUUCUUGGGCUUCUUUUGCCAAGGAUCCGGAAAGAGGUCCCGGCUGGAUAAUGAUUGGGAGUGGGAAGGAGGACUUGCAAGUAAUCGGGGCGAAUGGGACGUCUUGGGGGCAAUCGUCCAACAAAGAAUCUGUCGAGGAUAUGCAGAUGUGCUUGGACAAUCUUGUUCCAUCCCAAUCUCGUGUUCCGUUUUAG